AGUGCAAAGCAGAUAUAACAAUAAAGUGCAUAUUUUUCAACGAAAUUAACAAGAAUUCUGUAAAAAUCUAACAAAAAAUUGUCAUUAACUUGUACUUGACAUAGUUGUGUUUGAUAUUUUAUAAAAAUAUUAUACAAAAUUACCAAACAAAGCUAUAACAAACAAAAAUUGCCCUUAUGCAAGUAGUGUGUGUGCGCUGAAAACGCAAUGAAAAAAAGAAAAACAAAUACUGUACUUGAUGGUGGUUGGUUGCAUUAUUGAAUUGAUUCUGAGAGAGAGGAAGAAAGGAGCAACGCGCGCUGCUCUUGUGAAAUCGAGAUAAUAAAAAAAGACGACAACGACGAACGAUAAACAGGACAAACAACACAUUACAAACAAAGAUAAUGAGCAGCAUUCUUUUGACUACUACUAUGUUUGCCAAGGCAAUGACUAAAAUGUAUUAAUUUUUGUUUUUCAUGCUGAACGAAAAAAAAGCAUAAGGAGUAGCAAAGAACUUUUGACAGAGCCCAACACCAACAAUGGCACCAAAGGCACCAGAGAAAUCACCCCAACAGCAGCCGCUGCCUUCUCACGGCAACGAGACCACAACUGUGGCAGCUGUUGUACCAAAACAUUCCAAUCCCUUUUACAUAUCGGCCCAUACUCUGUGCCACAAUAAGCGUUUGAAGCAAAAACGUUCCAAAUACCAGGAGAUCUUUCGAAAUGCGGCUGCCUCUUACCACCAAGCGGCCGCCAACAAUGCUGGCAAUAAAAACAAGACUGAAAGCAUUCAGAGAAGACAAAAGCUAAGUUUGCUAAGGCCUGAAAUAACCAUAGACUUGCUGUCGGAUGGUGAGGACAACGAUGUCGCCGUAAAAAGGAAGCCUUCGGCUUUUCAGGGCAAAAUGUGCUUGGAGAGGGCUGCAAUAUUGGGUCUAAUGCCUGUGGUGCGUCUGACAAAUGGCCAACAAAGAUCACCUCCACCUUUGGUACCUUUAAUGAAUGGAAAUCGACAAAAGAAAUUACCAAUGCAAAAACAAAACAAUAUGACGUCGCAUAGAAAAUCUUUGCAACUUACCCAUCAACCACCACCUUCAUUGUCAACGCCGCAGCAGCAACAACUACAAAGACAACAACAGCAGCAGCAGCUGCAAUCGCAGUCACGCAAACGAAAAUCAAGGCCUCACAAACGCCAUUCAUUGCCCAUUUUACUCAAUACCGAGAGUAUUGUGCUGAGCGAUGACAGCGACACCGAGCAAACAACGAAUGGAUUCGUGGCCGCUUACCAACAAUCUCCUAUAAUAUCCUCACGUCCAGAUUUAGCUAUAAUAUAUCCUACCAAUCAGUCAUCACCCUGUCAACAGGCCAUAACAAUCCCCGUUCCUGUUCCAUCUUCUCCCGCCGAUUGUUCAGUGAUUUCGCAAAACACCAUACAGGUGGACGAAGAUGUUACAAUAUCAUUGGUGCCACGCUCACUUACCGCCACAACAUGUGCUCGCUCCUCACGUACCUCACUGAAUAGUGUGUCCCUUGUCCAAAAUACCAGCAUGCAUAUACCGCCAGCUGGCCAAGUCCAAGAUCAGCAACCAACACCGCCGCCACCAUUUCCCAUGCUGCCAGAUGAGACCACUGUGCACACGGUCAUUGCAAAUCGUAUUUAUGAGUUAUCGCUUACCAAAUUGCGCGAAGGUUUGGCCUCUUGUGGCAUACCGGAGUUCAAUGAUGGCCAACAGAAAAUUUCACCACCCCGACGAAAGGGCACUGUGCAACCGCCACCCAUGUUGACGCAACCCCAGACGCCCAUAUCUUUGAAGUUGUCCAGUGAUUUGAGCAUCUCAUUAAUCUCAGACGACGAAGACGAUGUGAGACAUCAUCAAACAAACGAACCUUUACUCAGUCCUGCCUAUUUACAAAAGUUACCUGCAAAUGUUUCUAUUGCCCCGGUGGUUUCGAUAAUGCCACACCCAACAACACCUUCAUCAGUAGUAGCUGCAGACCCGAGAAAGCUUAAAUUUGGUUAAUGUAAGAUGGUAGUUUUUUAAGUUUUUUUUUUUAUUACUUUAUAUUCAUUCACAAUCCCAAAAUUGCUCUACACAUAAGGUGUUCAAUAAGGACCGGAGCAAAAUGCUAGUUUGAAGGUUACCCACCCAAGAAGGAGAGGAGUUGAAAAAAUAGAAUGGAAUUUUCGGCCAGUUUGUAUAUAAGGUUAGGUGGAAGGCUCUUAUUAGCGAACAGCUUUUUUGCUUGUCAAAAUGGUGCUUCUGUGUUUUGGUAUUGAUUACAUGUGCUUGUUUUCCAUGGCGAAAUUUUGCAAAAAAAUGUUUUUUUUUUGCUUUUUAUCUAUAAACGUCACUGGCCAUUUCUAAAUUGCUCUACAGAGUCAAAAACUGAGAUAAGCUGGCUAUACCUCAUUGGUUGUUGGUGUCCAUUUUUUUGUAUUCUUCGGGGUUUUUGGAAGUAACUACCUAUACGCCCAACAAAAACAACUUUUGCUCAUUUUUGCAAAGAGGUUUUUCUAUUCCAAUUUCGUUGUUGUUUUUUUUCGAAAUCGAAUUGACACUGAGGUUAACAUUUUGGGCUAGAAACUAAUUAAUAACAGGAUCGAAAACAUUUCUAAAUUAGAAUGCCCAUUUAUUACGCUAAUAUGCUAAUGUACAAUAAAACAUUUUAUCAAUAUUCUCCCAAGUGAUAUUGAAAUUUGAUUGAGAUAAAGACCUCCUUGUCAUAAAGUAUCAAAUCGGGAGAUAUAGUUUUUAAAUCAAGUUAUAGGCAAAAAUUUUUUCGAAAAAGGGAUCGAUACCAAGUUUAACACAACUUUAUUGUGUACAAAUAAUGUACAGUUCUCACAAAUGAUACAUCUGGGUCUGAAAGGGUUAACGACUAUAGAGAUGAAUUAUUUUGGUUGGAACAUCCUCAGUUGUAUACAACGUUCGAGAAAAAAAGCAUCGCAGAGUUUAUCUCUAAGUAGAUUAUCGCCUUAAUAAUUUCUUAUGCACUGAGUUGACCAUCCUCCAUGAUGUCCUCCUUGGAAAGCCCGAAAUGUUAUAUAUCCCUGAUGAUGUCCUUCAAAAAAAGGGCGAAACUUUUCAUAUCUCCAAUGGAGGUAUGUAAUAGGAGGACGAAAUAUUGAAUAAAAAUUUUUAAAUUAAAUUAAGCCUUGACCUGGUGCUGAUGUUUCAGUAAUAAUCUGAUUUAAUCAUAAAUGACGUGCUGCAAAUAUUCUUUUUUGGACUGAAGCGUUAUUUAAAGAAAACUUUGGCCAUAAUUUGGGUGGAGUUGAACCAAACGGACCUAAAAAUUGGUAUCUUGCUACUUCCCUAACCUAGGUCCAUUGUGUGUCGCACUAGAGUACAUGAAACUUUUACAAAAUUUAAAAGAAUUUAUAAAAGAUUACUGUACCGCAGCGCCAGACAGUAGAUAGAAAGUUGGAAGGAAAGAAAACCAGAGCUUUUGACAAAGAAUGUGAGCCAAAUGAACCGGAAGCCAAUUAACCAAACCCUAUUCUGUAGUUCAGAAUGUAUAGAAGAUUAUGUGAUUGAAGGAAAUCAGAAUAAGAAAAAGUUUUCACUUAUUAAAUCAAAUGGCUCCUCAUAACUAUUGCAGAGCAAAGACUUAAUAUAUGCUUAACUAUCUUUAACUACCUCAUCCCCACAAAAUACUGCAGAAAUCUGCCUAAAUGUGCGUUCAGUAUGAGACUAAAAACUUACAUUGUCCAUUAUAAACCUUCAUUAGUAGCAUAAGAUUAUGCUUCCUCUGCUUUAAACUAAAUGGAGUGAAAAGCUCAGCGAAGGCCAAUUUUAGGCCUUGGUCAUUAUAAACCCCUAUUAGUAGCUCGAGAUUAGGCUUUCUCUGUUUUAAAUUAAGUGAAGUGAAAAGCUCAGCGACAGGGCGUUGUCCGAUUUUGUGCCUUGGACCUCAUUAGUAGCUCGAGAUUAGGUCUCCCCGGUUUUAAAAUAAGUUGAGUGAAAAGCUCACCGACAGAGCGUUGGCCAAUUUUUAGAGCGGAGCAUAGAUAUUGCUCACUUGUUUUUUGGAAAAUCUAGACCAGAAAACAAGACCAUGGCAUAUUACCAUGUCAAACAUUCUCAUCCCACAAGACCCUGUAGAAUUCUGGCUCUUUCUGCUAUUGGCGCAGCGUCAAAGACGCUGCAUUGCAAUGACCAUUUCAAAAUCCUGUCAGUAGCACUAGUUCAUGCUUCCCUUACCAAUUUUAAGAGUGUCACCUAGGCAAUACUCGCUCCUUUUUUGGAACAUUUAGACAAGAAAAAAAUGUGUUCGUUCACCCAUAAUUAUAUGCCUCCUCUCUGCUAUGACCGGAUGGCGGGACAAUUAAUUCUCUACCAUUUCUAACUCCUCUUAAUACCCACAAAACACUGUGGAAGCCCGCUACUUUUUGCGUUCGGUGCGAAGUCAAACACCCUGCAUUGCAAUGGCCAUUCUAAAAUCCUAUCAUUACCCCAUGAUGGUCAUACUUCCCAGCCUAAAAAUAUAUACCGUACUACCACGUAAAAACCUCAGUGUUCAUCCAUAGUUAUGUUAUAUGUAUUCUCCUUGCCAUGGCAGGUCAGUGGUACAAUAAUCCUCUCUAACACCUCCACAUAGCCAUAUAACCCUGCAGAAACUGUUUUAUCACUACAUCCAGCGCGAUAUGAAAAACCUUACAUUACAUUGGCCAGUCAGGACCCCUAUCAGAAGCCCGAGAUCAUACUUACUCAUCCUGAAAAUAAGUGCUCAGGCAAAGGGCCUUGUCCAACCUUCACACCAACUCAAAGGCGUUACUCACUCGUAUGCAUUAGCGAAGCCAGCCCAGAUUUCUGGGCGUCGUUAAAAUGAAAAUGCAAAUUUUGCCCAUGAACAUUCCACUAAGGAACAGGGGCAAACUUGUCACAUAUCAAUGAGUGUAGUCCGAUUCAAGUUUAAGCUCAAUGAUAAGGGGCCUCCUUUUUAUAGUCGAGUCCGAACGGCGUGCCGCAGUGCAACAUCUCUUUGGAGAGAAGUUUUACAUGACAUAGUACCUCACAAAUGUUGCAGGCAUUAGGAGGGGAAAACCAUCGCUGAAAUUUUUUCUGAUGGUCUCGCCAGGAUUCGAACCCAGGCGUUCAUCGUCAAGGCGGACAUGCUAACCUCUGCGCUACGGUGGCGCUAAAACCCUUUGAAUAGUAAUAAAAUGAGCAAAUUUUGCCGAAAACAAAGCAACUUUUAACAUUCUGUGGGUUGUUUAGCCCAGAGCCCCAAGGGGCCUUUCUACACUUAUGCUCGUAUGUGAGACUGAGUUAUAUUUCUCUCAUCCAAUUAUGGUGGGAAUAAACAAAUUUUUUGUUUGAAGUUUUUGAAUAGUUCAUGUUGUUGUUGUUAUAGAGGUGUGUCGUACCCUGAGGCGGCAGCCCUUGCCAAUGAAGAAUUCCAUCGGUUCAAUCCAGGUUGUACAACCUACUGCCAGGGGAUUGCUUUUGAAUAUUAAAAUACUAGAAAAGAGGGGCUUACGCGAAAUUAACAUAUGAAAUGGCCAGUAAUAUGUGUGAACAGGGAUGAGUUGGACCCAAACAAACCGAAAAGUUAACGUUUUUUCUUGACUCAAUCCCUUUUGGAAAAAAUAACGUAAAUAUGAUUAAUUGAUCAGACCUAGACAGGCAAACAGAAUGAAUGAAAAUUUGUUUUAUACCUUUUACCUGUGAAGCGUAUAUACCCAGAGCAAUCCUCAAUAAAAAUACUAUAAAAAACCAUUUGUCAUCCCAUACCCAUUAUAGUGUCCCAAAAAAUCAAAGGUUACCGAUAUCAGGCCACCAUAGCGCAGAGGUUAGCAUGUCGAACCCUGGCGUAACCAUCAUGAAAAAUAUUGUCAGCGGUGGUUAUCCCCUCCUAAUGCUGGCGACAUUUGUGAGGUACUAUGCCAUGUAAAAACUUCUCUACAAAGAGGUGUAGCAUUGCGGCAUACCUUUCGGAUUCGGCAAAAAAAGGAGGCCACUUAUCAUUGAGUUUAAAACUUGAAUCGGACAGCACUCAUUGAUAUGUGAGAAGUUUAACCCUGUUCCUUAAUGGAAUGUUCAUGUCCAACAUUUGCAUUUGCAUUUACCGAUAUCACAUACCCACAUGAUGUUCAAAAUUUGAUGUUCUUCUUUCUAAGAGAUUGAAAAUUUUAAAUCCAAACAGAAGGAGUUUCUGAGUCGAUCCGUAAAAUUCGUCAAUACCAGAUUAGUGGUACAGGAGACUAUUAAUGUUUUAACUAUAAAUGCAAUUUCAUCUAGGAAUCAUAAACGAGAUCCCGUACAAGCUACUACAUCCAAUUUUGAUCUUUCAUAGCUACCGGUACGGAUUAUCUAUAACCCAUCGCCAUAAUUAUACCCUGCACCACCACUGUGGUAUAGGGUAUUAUAGAUUUGUGCAUUCGUUUGCAACGCUAAGAAGGAGAAGAGCUAGACCCAUCGAUAAAUAUACAGAUUGGCUUAGAAUCACUUCCUGAUUCGACUUAGCUAUGUCCGUCCGUCUGUCUGUCCAUGUAUUCUUGUCCCAAUUGUUGUCCGAUUUGCACAAAAUUUUGCAUAAAUGUCUUUUUUGGUCCAAGAACGAACGCUAUUGAUUUUGAAACAAAUCGGUCUAGAUUUAGAUAUAGCUCCCAUAUAUAUUUUUCAUCCGAUAUGCCCUUUUAAAGCUGAAGAAGCCACAAUUUUGGUCCGAUCCUAACUAAAUUUGGCACGAAGUGUUUUUUUAACGACUCAAAAUGCUUGCAAAAUUUUAUUAAAAUCAGUCCAGAUUUAGAUAUAGCUCCCAUAUAUAUCUUUCAUCCGAUAUGCCCAUUUAAAGCUGUAGGAGCCGCAAUUUUGGUGCGAUCUCUACCAAAUUUGGCAUGGAGCGUUUUAUUCAACUUUCUCAUAUAUGUGUGCAAAGUUGUAUAAAAAUCGGUCUAGAUUUAGAUAUAGCUCCCAUAUAUAUUUUUCAUCCGAUAUGGUUGCAGAAGGAACAAUUUUAGUCCGAUCUUUACAAAAUUUGUCAUGGGACGUUUUAUUCAAUGUCCUCACAUGUUUGCAAAGUUUUAUAAAAAUCGGUCCAGAUUUAGAUAAAGCUCCCAUAUAUAUUUUUCAUCCGAUAUGGCCUUUUAAGGCUUUAGAAGCCACAAUUUUGGUCCGAUCUUUACAAAAUUUGUCGUGGGCCGUUUUAUUUAACGUCCUCAUAUGUGUGCAAAGUUUCAUAAAAAUCGGUCCAAAAUCGGUCCGAUCUCUACAAAAUUUUUCAUGAGUUGGUUUAAUUGACAUCCCAAUACAUGUGCAAAAUUUCAUCAAAAUCGAUUUAGAUGAAACUCCCUUAUAUAUCUUUUAUGCGUUUCGACUUUUAAAGCUGUAGCAGCCACAAUUUUCGUACCAUCGUAAGAAAAUCGGAUAAGGUUCUAUUCGAUAUUUCAAUAGGUAUGCAAAAUUAAAGUCUCACUUAAUUUGGAUAUAAGUGCUAUCUAUUAAAAGGAUUACUUAUACUCGGUGGGGUAGGAUAUUAUAUAGUCGGCUCCGCCCGGCUUUUGCCUUACCUUACUGAUUUUUAUACACAGCUUAUGGGGCCAAAAGAGACAGUCUAAUAUCAAUUCCAUUUUAUUCCCCCGCAUUCAUUCUGGUUCUCAAGAUUUUGUCAUGUCUUCUAAAAUUCCUUCAAAAUAGCAUUUUUCUUAAAAUCCAUUUUUAAAUAUCAUCUUAUGUUUUGAGCAAUUUACUAUUCAUUCCCAUAUGCACUAUUUUCUAUAUUCCAUAAAAGCAUUUUAUCAAUUGACCUUAAAAAAAUAACAUAUCAAAUUUAAGAUGAAUUUUUUAUUUUUGAUGUCGGCAAGGUCGUUGCGCAGCUCUUAAAAGUAAAAAAAUUAAAGCAUAGUUUUCUUUAUUAACAUUUUUUGUGAAAAGUACCUUUUUUAAAAAAAUACAACUAUCUGUGGAAAGCUUAUAUAUCAAAACCCAAAAACCUAUAGAUUUUUUCAAAAUAUCAUCGACAACUUCUGUAUUCCAACCUUUAAAUUCUAGAAGAUUUAAUUAAUGAUGGUUUCUUUCAAAUGAAAUUUGAUUUGUUAAUGCCGCACAGUGGUCUAGAAUCUUUAUUUUCAUUAGAGCUGCCUAACGGCCCACAAAACAUUUUCCCCCAGAAAUGGUCAACAUUUUCAAAGUCGACUCAUUGUGUUGACUCUAGUUUUUUUAUUUUUGAAAAAAUGGCAAGAUCACAACCCAAAGAACAAAAAACUUAUAUUUGCAUCUUUUUUGAAAACCAAAUUUGUAUAUACGAUAUAGUCUAAGAUAUGGUAAACUAAAUUAAAACAAACUAAAAAAUAUAUUUUAUAAAACAAAAAUUAUGGAAAAAACAAAAAUCAGAUCGUAAUAAUUAUAGCUCUGUGAUUACCGAUCGAUUGAUGAAAAAAAUUAAUAAUAACCCCCUCUAAAAGAAAUACCCAGCUUGGGAGAUUUGGUAUCUUUUUA